CUUAAUUAGAAAACUUCAUCACCUCCUUCAACAAGUAUUCCAAACUCACUCCCAAAAACACCACGUCAUGAAUUGGUUUUCUUGGCUAUCAAAAACAACCUUAGACCCAACUCUCGUGUACAGAUAUGGCCUCACCUUCGUCCACAAUGAGGUCGAAGAAGACGACAUAGCGUGGUUCGACCACGAAUUCCUCCAAAGCAUGGGCAUUUCCGUGGCCAAGCACAGGCUAGAGAUCCUCAAACUCACCAAGAAAGAGGCACCAAAGACUUUUCCAAACUCCAUGACCAAAAGCCUCGUUCGGGCGAUCAAACGUUCCAAGAGCUCUGUUUGUGAGUUCGUUCGGAGGAAUUUGGUUUGUCCCGUCCGGGAGGAAAACCCUGGUCUUGCUCUCGUGCCAUUUGGGUCUCAAAGCUCUUCGAAAUGGAGGAUGACUGGGUUGAUCAAGUGGAUGAAGACAAGAGAACUGGAGGCCAAACGGACGGGCAAUGUGUCUCGCGUUCUUACAAAUGGGUCUUUACGCUCCACAGGUUUUGAUCAUCUUGAUGUUGAUUACUGGUCAUCAUCGUCAUUUUCAUCAACUGCUGUUGAAGAUCAUCAGAUCAUCAAGUGGGACACAAUGUUUCAGGGCUUGAAACCAACUUAAGGGGAACAAUUUUGUUUUCUUUGAAUUUUGGUACAUAAAAUUUCAAUUUUAAUCCAAAUUAAUGUUUUAUGUGGAG